GACUCGAUCACAGGUGAGACAGCUGGCUCAGGCCUUCAAUAGUAACUACUACCGUAGUCUACUAUACCGUAGUCUACUACCAACACAUGGCACCAAAACCCAGGCCUCGCAAACCUUCUACGGCAUCCAAAGAGGCUGCUACCCUUCCCAAGACUCAAAAUGCCCAAUCAAUGCCUCCACCUCCAGAUCCGCCUCAAGGCAUCCUUGUCCCAGAGAUCGCCGCUCUCUCAACUUGUGUCCAGAAUAUGGCUGUAAAAACAGGGCAAAUUUACGGCUUUUUCGCUGACGCACAGAGGCUAGGCAUUCAUAAACACGCCCCGAACCCACCAUGCUCACUUAUGGCUUCCCUCGGUCGAGAGGUCGAGAAGUACGAUCAACUCUGCGAUGCUUUGGAACUUCACCUAACCAGAGCAAUAUCUGUCCUGAAACGCGAUUUAACCCAAGAGCAGGAGCGAAUCCGCGAAGAAGAACGCGUAAAGGUCGAGGCCGCCGCAAAGGAAGCAGCAUCCAAUGCAGCUGAAGCCGCUGCUAACCCAUCCACUGCCCCUUCGCAAGUUCCCGUGUCUCCUACGUCAACGAUGGAAUUGCAAAUUUCAUCCACAGAGCGAAAACCAGUCGCGCCUGCUCGACGAGCCUCAACUAUCUCGCUUUCCUCCCUUCAUCGACCGCCCUUUCCUCACAAACUCGACCUGUCAUCUAUUGCAUUCAAUCCUGAGGACGCUCAUCCGUUGCAAAGUGGUCCUGCAUCCCCCGUUACACUAGCCCCUAAGUCGUCUAUACCUCGAUCAUCUAUGCCGCCGCCAGAUUUGCUGUCAGUUGGAGGGCAGGCUGUGGAUAUAGACCUGACACUUGAUGAUGGGGAUGUAGCGAUGGCAAUGAGCAACCCAGGUGACCCUUCUCUCGGGAGCUCGGUGGAUAAACCCAUUGAACUGGAUUUGGAUGAUCUCUUUACCGAACCUGCUCACCAACAUUUGACUUCGUCAGGAAUGCCACCAUCUCAUGUUGGGUCAAACAGUCACCCCAGCGAACCGCAAAUGUCUGAUAUAUUCAAUGUCUUACAAACGACUCCAGAGCCCAAUGCAACAACCACUGGCACGAGCGGCGGCAUGUCGUCGGGCGACUUCAGUGGAAUGGAGCAAAUGUUUCCUUCUGGAACAUCUUCGUCACUGGACAUGGGUAUGCAGGGUAUAGCCCAGACUGGUGAUAGCUCGAUGAACAUUCAUUUCGAUGAUCUCAAUUACAUACCCGCUUCGGACGACAUGAACAUGCAGGAGCUAUUUGAUCUUGGCAACGCAGAAGGCUUCACGGGAAAUACGGGCAACACAGGCAACGCAAGCAGCACGACAUGAAGGGAAGAGAGCGGAUAGUGUAUUAGAUAGUCGGAAGUGCGUAGACUUGCCCGCAUACGGUCCACGGUAUCCUGUACAACAUAUAUACGGUAUAUCAUAUAGACUAAACAAUGAUAUCUUCACAGAGGCCUGUGUGGCAAUCAAUUACGUGCACCUU